AUGGAUAUGCACUGCAAGGCAGACCCCUUCUCGGCAAUGCACCCAGGGCAUGGGGGAGUGAACCAGCUCGGGGGGGUGUUUGUGAAUGGCAGGCCCCUACCUGACGUGGUGAGACAAAGGAUAGUCGAGCUGGCUCACCAGGGAGUGCGACCCUGUGACAUCUCCAGGCAGCUGCGGGUCAGCCACGGUUGUGUCAGCAAGAUCUUGGGCAGGUAUUACGAGACGGGCAGCAUCAAGCCCGGCGUGAUCGGCGGCUCCAAGCCCAAAGUGGCGACCCCCAAAGUAGUGGAUAAAAUCGCCGAGUACAAGAGACAAAACCCGACCAUGUUCGCCUGGGAGAUCCGGGACCGGCUCCUGGCCGAGGGCAUCUGCGACAACGACACGGUGCCCAGCGUCUCCUCCAUCAACAGGAUUAUCAGAACCAAAGUUCAGCAGCCUUUCCAUCCGACACCAGAUGGGACUGGGACAGGAGUGACUGCACCUGGACACACUAUUGUUCCCAGUACAGCAUCCCCUCCCGUCUCCAGUGCCUCCAAUGAUCCAGUGGGUUCUUACUCCAUUAACGGGAUCCUGGGCAUUCCUCGGUCGAAUGGCGAGAAGAGGAAACGUGAUGAAGUCCAGGUAUACACUGGUGCUGUCUGCAUGCAAAGAGGUGGAUGUUUGAAUCUAUUCUGGACUUUGAGUGGGAUGGGGGCCAGGGAUGUGUCUGAGGGCUCGGUUCCCAAUGGAGACUCCCAGAGCAGCGUGGACAGUUUGCGGAAGCACCUUCGUGCCGACACUUUCACCCAGCAACAGCUGGAAGCUUUAGAUCGAGUCUUUGAACGUCCUUCUUACCCUGAUGUCUUUCAAACAUCAGAGCACAUCAAAUCUGAGCAGGGUAAUGAGUACUCCCUCCCAGCUCUGACCCCUGGUCUUGAUGAAGUCAAGUCAAGUCUAUCUGCCUCUGCUAACCCAGACCUGGGGACCAACGUGUCAGGACCCCAGACGUACCCCGUGGUGACCGGUCGUGACAUGGCGAGCACCACCUUGCCCGGUUACCCACCCCAUGUCCCGCCAACUGGACAGGGCAGCUACCCAACCUCAACUCUCGCAGGAAUGGUACCUGGGAGCGAGUUCUCGGGGAACCCUUACAGUCACCCUCAGUACACGACCUACAAUGAGGCCUGGCGAUUCAGCAACCCCGCGUUACUAAUGCCACAUCCCGAGGCGCUGCACCUCCCACUGCUGCCGCUGCCUAUGACCGCCACUAGUUACCAUGGAAACCACAUGAAACUGCAGGGCGACAGCUUAGGCCUUCAUAUUGUACCUGUCUGA